AUGGCUAGAAAACCGCAGAAGCGGCAACUGUCGACGACCCCAAUCACAGCCACUCCUGGCAGCAGAGCGUCCAAAAGAUUGAGGGAGUCAGUGCACAGUUCUGGAGGCGCCAAGGCAACUCCAACAAAGAGCAAAUACUUUGACGGCCCCGGAAGCGAUGACAGUGAUGUAGACGAGACACAAGAUGAUGAUGCGGGAAGUUCCGGUUAUGAGGACCCUGAUCGUAGUGAUGAUGCAUCAACGACAGCUCCAUCAGCUGCAAGCGACGACGUCGAAGAUGAAUUCGAUUCUGCAGAGGAUGCCAAGCCCAAAAGGAGAACUAAAUCAGUUGCUCGCUAUGGUAAGGCUGGCGUUGGUGGUGGUAUCAAGUCUGCAUUGACCAGUGCACGCAACGAAGCUACAGAGCUUUGGAGGCCAGGGAUUUCGACGGGCUUGGGUCCCGGAAAGCAAGUAUUCAUAGAGAAGCCCAAACCACGAGGAGACGGCGGGAUCAAAUAUGAACCUACGAAGAUUCAUCCCAACACCAUGGAGUUUCUGAAGGAUUUGAGGAAGAACAAUGAUCGAGAAUGGCUCAAAAUGCACGACCCGGAUUACAGGACGUCCUGGAAGGACUGGGAGAGCUUUGUUGAAAGUGUAACGGAGAGAAUCAGUGAGUUGGAUGAGACGAUUCCAGAAUUGCCGCCCAAAGAUCUUGUGAGUGUGGUCUAUGCACAACAUAAUGUGUCAAGCAGCUAUGAAUGA